AUGGCCGCUUCUGAUCUCUCCGUCAUUCUCCCCCGCGUUCUCGUCGUUUCCCGCCGCUGCGUUCGUAAGAACAAAUUCGUCGAUUUUGUCGCAAUCGAGUUACGAUUGGCGAAGCUUUGCCUCGAGAGGAACAUUCCGUACCUAGGGAUUUGCAGAGGAUCGCAGGUCCUCAAUGUCGCAUGCGGAGGUACGCUUUAUCAGGACGUUGAUAGUGAGAUUCGGAAGAAGUGUCCGGGAGGGGAAAAAGUGGUUCACAUGGAUUACGAUAAUUACGAUGGGCAUAGGCAUAGGGUUAAUGUUGUGGAGAAUACGCCAUUGCAUAAUUGGUUCAGAGAUUCAUUGGAUGAAAAGAAGAUGGAGAUUAUGGUGAACAGUUAUCAUCAUCAAGGAGUUAAGGUGUUGGCUCAGAGAUUUGUGCCCAUGGCUUUUGCUCCUGAUGGAUUGAUUGAAGGGUUUUAUGAUCCAGAUGCCUAUAAUCCUGAAGAGGGAAAGUUCAUUAUGGGACUUCAAUUUCAUCCUGAAAGAAUGAGACGCCCUGAUUCUGACGAAUUUGAUUAUCCUGGAUGCCCUGCCGCUUAUCAGCAAUUUGUGAAGGCAGUGGUUGCAUACCAAAAGAAGUUAAACAGCAGCACAUUAUCGGCACCCAAAAAGGCUUUAAAGCUGGACAACGAAAUGGAGAAGAAAAGGAAGAUCAUAGUCCGAAGCUUCUCCCUUGCCAAGAACUUAUACACGACCGGCCGCGACGCCCAGCUGGAGCGAGAGGCUGAGCUCGAAGUAGGAGCAGAGUUCCUAGAGUCGAACACUGCUCUGAGCGUGCAGCAAAAGAAUAGGCUGAAGCAAAUGGGUGCAACAGUGAGAAAUGGAGGGUCGUACAUAGAGAAGCUGAAGGUAAAUGAAGAGAGAGAAAGAACAGCAAAGAAUGUGAUGGGGAAGAUGACAAUAGAGCAAUUGUCUGAUCUCAUGUCAUUCUACCAUAUGAUGGGUCAGAUCUGCUCAGAAAUUUUGGAGAGAAAGUUGAACGAUAUUGUGAAGUAAAAGCCAGCAGUUUGGCCUUUUGAUCUGUCAUUUUCUAAAUUAUCUUUUGCUGUUGGGGACUCAUCAAUUUCAUUAAGGAUCCACCACAAAUUUAUGUAUCUCUCUCUAAUUUAUAUUUUCUCUCUCUACAAAAGGUGGGUAAUGGAUUGAGGACCUCCAAAUUUGUAACCCUCUCUCUCUCUCUCUCUCUCUCUCUCUCUCUCUCUCUCUCUCCAUUGCUAAUGGGUUGGAAAUCAUUAUGUGAAUUAUAUUGCAAUUGUAAAGUUUGGGAACCCAUGUUUUACUUUUC